CAACAGUACACUCACCCUACUGCCUUAGUGAAGAGACAUGAAUGUGUAUAUAUCUGUGUCUGUGUGUAUGUGUGCGUGUUAAAGAGAGAGAGAAACCGAGAAAGAGAGAGAGAGAGAUAGAGAGAGAAAAAAAAAGGUAGGGGUGGCAAAUUAGUGACCUGACACUCCCCUCGAAGCAUCUCAGCCGCGUGACAGAAGAAGCAAGACCACAUUAUCUGUGUGCAUGAAUGAGCGCGGGAGACAGAAAGAGGAAGUUGAGCGCACAUCAGACCCAGGAGACCAGCGGGGACUGCAAGAUGAAGAGCAUCCUCACCGAUGCCCUCUCGGACUUCUUAUUCGAGUACGAGACCCCCCGUCAGGUGCUGGUGAAGAGCAAGCGGGUGGGAAUCGUGUGCCGAGUGAUCCAGCUGGUGGUCCUGGCUUACAUCAUCGGGUGGGUGUUCAUCUAUGAAAAGGGUUACCAGAUCACGGACACGGCCAUCAGCUCGGUCUUCACCAAGGUGAAAGGCGUGGGGUACACUCAGGUGGACGGCAAGGAGCAGGUGUGGGACAUGAGUGACUACGUCUUCCCAGAACAGGGGGACGGUUCUUUUGUGGUGAUGACAAAUUACAUUGUGACCUUGGGACAGAAGCAGGAUAAAUGCCCAGAGCUUCAAGGGAAAUACACCUGCAAAUCUGACGAGGACUGCAAAGAAGGAGAAUAUAAACGUACGGGACAUGGGCUGAUGACCGGAAAAUGUGUGCGAGAGACCGAAACUUGUGAAGUCUUUUCCUGGUGUCCUGUUGAAGAUGACACUAAAAUUCCAGCUCCACCUCGUUUGAUGGCAGCAGAGAAUUUCACGUUGUUCAUCAAAAACUCAAUCACCUUUCCAGAAUUUGAGGUUGUACGAAGCAAUCUGGUGGAAGGCGUGGACAAAAAUUACAUCAACACGUGCAUCUACAACCAGACCAGUGACCCUCUGUGUCCCAUAUUCAGACUGGGAGACAUUGUGACGAUGUCGGGAUUCAGCUUUGCUCAGAUAGCGCCUGAGGGUGGAGCCGUUGGGAUUCUCGUUGACUGGACCUGUGAUCUUGACUGGGACGUGAAACACUGUAAGCCAGUUUAUAGCUUCCAUGGACUGUAUGCGACCGGGAAAGGUCCGGAAGACAUGCAAGCCUCCAUGGGCUAUAACUUCAGGAAAGCAAAAUAUUACAUGGACGGCAAUGUUGAAAAAAGGACUCUCACCAAAGUAUUUGGAAUCCGGAUAGACAUUUUGGUUCGAGGACUGGCAAGAAAAUUUGACAUCAUUCCAACACUAACAGCCAUUGGGUCAGGUGUGGGAAUUUUUGGAGUGGCAACUGUAGUAUGUGAUCUGGUGCUUCUAUAUAUACUGCCCAAGAGAGACUUCUAUAAGAACAUGAAAUUCAAGAACACUACCAUCCAGGAACAGGCGCCGGUCAUAACAGACAAGGAAUCAGAUGAGGUAGCGACGUUUCCCAUUGUUGUGAGAUGAACAGGAAUGAAGGAAGAAGAGCGGAGCCUUGCUGCUCUGGGCCUUUGGCUGUGCACUGAUAGAUUUAGCACUGGACACUCAAGAGGGGGCAGCAAGGCAGCGAUGGAAUUUGCCACAUGGAAAAAAACAUUAAUAUACUGUGCCCUCCAAAAGUAUGGCAGCGCUAGAGUGAAAUUAGUUAUUUUUGCUAUAUACUUACGAUUUGGAUUUGAGAUGAGAAGAUGAAUAUGAGACAAAAGUACAGACAAUCAGCUUUUAUAUCAUGGUAUUUAUGUGUGUAUGUUUUACCACAAAAACAACUUUUCGUUUGUGUUGAGUCACUCCAAUUUUUCAGCUGUGCUAAAGUUAACGGAUGACUAACUGGUGUUAACUGUCGCUCAGGUGUUUUCAUUUGCAUGGAUUGUUCACACGUAAAAGAGCAGUGCGUGUCUAGUCUUGGCUGAGACCUUUGUUUUCAUCUGUGGAGACAUUUGGAGUCAGAAUGUUACACCAUCAAGACAGCCGGAGGACCAACUAUGGCUGAAAAACAACUGAUCUGUAACCUGAGAGGACAGAAGAAUACAUUAAGAAAGAUAGCACAGAAACUGAGUAUAUCAAGUAAAGCAGUUUGGAAAGUGGCAGCUGCAGGCCACCGUACGCAAAAGACUUUGAGAGCAGAAUUAUAGAGGCUGCACUGCAAGUUGCAAACCUCUCAUCAGCAGCAAGAAUCGAAAGGCCAGAUUAGAGUUUGUUCUGUGCUGGAGGAAAGGAGGUGUGAAAUAUGAAGGAGGUAGUGGGUGUAUCCUAAUUCUCAAAAAAUGUAUCCUCCUUUCCUGAAAUACCAUGUCAUCUUCUCAGAAACCGAUCUAUGUGUCCUACCUCCCUCCAGUAUCCCAGUAUUGCAGGAAAAGAGUGAAGCGGCUUCAAACUCAGCUCCUUGUCUCCUCCCACUGAAGUCUAGGUGACAUCACCGUGCUCAUGCCCACCGAGAUUCAGAGAAUCAAAAAACAGUGAUGGCAGAGAACUUGAAUUUCCCCAAUUAUGCAAGAUAUUUAGCCAAGUUUCUGUGUGGUUCAGUCGAUUAUUAUUAUCACGCAUAGCAUUCUACCCAAAGGUUAGAUUGUCUACAAAGGAUAACAAAAUGUCAGUUUUGUGGUUUUAAUCCAACAGACAAAUUCGGCAAUUUAAGACGGAGAAGCAAAUUUUUUUAUUUGCUUGUAUGCAUGUUGCUUAAAUGAACAUGACUAAACAUAUGACUCUGUACGUUCAGACAUUGGGCAAAUCAAGAUUCUGAAAUUACAGUACAUUGUUACAUUUGCAUAUACUGUGAGAUGUUUAUUUUGAUCUAAUGUUGCUGAUUACACGUCAACUAGUGUUUCGACGCGAACCACAAUGCCAGGUGUUUGUACAGCCUACUGUACAUGCAUCUACUUGUAGGCUACUUGAAACGUACAAGCUAUUUUGCAGCUUUCAAUUGGACGACCACGUGUGAAAUCUAUGAUUGGCUAUGUGACUGUUUAUAAGGCUUGUGAUAGAACUAUUUCAUCAAUAGUCAGUUGGCUUUGAUGAUGAAGACCAUGAAGAAAAUCAGCUAUCCCGAUUUUCUUCACGCCUCCUUGUUCUCUCCUGUCCUCCACUGGUCUCCUCCCCUCCUUUCCUCCACAUACUUCUGGGGAGGAGGCCAGUGGUAGCUGGGGGGUGGAAGAAAAGAGGUGAGGAGUGAAAAGUAAUGGGAUGCACCCAAGCUCAUGACUUUGGCCUGUGUGGCUGCUUCAGGAACAGCCUCACUCACCUUUUGUCUGGUUAAGUACAAGGCAAUUCCUCCAACCUCACCGGCCUGCUUCAUCCUACAGCAAGACAAUGACCCCGAACACACUGCCACUGCCACACUGGCAUCCAAAUCAUUCGUCAAUGGGAAAAUUUAGAAAGUUAUGACAUGAGAAAUCAUAAUCAAAGUUAAGCACCACACAUAAAUAUUACAGCAAAAAAAUCUAUUAUGAUGUGCGGGCUGAAGAAGUAGGAACAGUUAUUCACCAAUUUUUUGAUGAGUCACAGGCUUUUUCUACAUGACAGAGUUUAAAAUUCAAUGAAGAGGUUUCAACUCAGAGGGGUUAGCGAGGGAGGGUCAUUUUUGACCCUGUGCACAUGGACUGCAUACAUACAUAAUAUGAGGAAGAAGCAAGAGUUAAGUAUAUCAGAAAAAGAUAAAAUUUCACUCUACCGUUAGCAUACUUUUGGUGGGCACUGUAAAUAUACUUUUCAUAUUUCAUAGCGUGUACUAGUUUUGUCAGGGUUGUGCCUUCUCUGUUCCUGCCUGUCCCCGCCUCCCCGUAGUUUUUGUCCUGUCUCACGUCCCUUAGUUUGGUCUGACUGUGUAUGUCUCAUUAUUCAAUUAUUUUCUGUCUCGUUAUUUAAUCAUUGUUCCCACCUGCCUCUCGUCAUCCCUCACUUCUGUGUUAAUUGUGCAUUAUGUUCUCCUGUGUCUUGUUAGCCCCUGUCUAUUUAAGUUCUUGGUUUGCCUGACUCGGGUGCUGGUUCCUUGUGUUUCUGCCCGCAUUCCUGCUUGUGUUUCUGCCCGUACUGUGUCUGCCCUCGUCAUUUGUUUCUUCAUUCUGAGUUUUUUAAGCGUUUUGUUCCUCUGCUUGUUACCUGUUACUAGGAUUUGAGUUUUUUUGGUUUUGCCUUUCGUGGCCUCAUUUUGUUGCCCUGGUUUUGUCUCUUGUUAUAAGUGAAGUCUUUGUUUUAAAAUUA